AUGGCGUCUGCACUCCCCGAGACUAUCAAGGCCCUGCGCGUCCUUCCGGACCACAAGGGUCUCGAAGUCGCUACGAUUCCCUGGGCCCCCCAAGAGAAGGUCAAGAACCUGGCGGAGAACGAGAUCAUUCUUCGCGUUCACACCAUUGGUUUGAACCCCACUGACUGGAAGCACGCCUGGGGCGAGUGGGGCACGGCGGGCACAAUUGACGGCUGCGAUGCUGCCGGCGAAGUGGUUAGAGUCGGCUCCGCUGUCAAGCAUCUGAAGGUCGGCGACCACGCCGCUGGAUUCGACUUCGGCGGCUCCUGGCAAACCGACAACGGCUCCUUCGCCGAGUACGUGCGCAUGAACUCCGCCGUGGUCUUCAAGAUCCCGGACGGCAUGACCUACGAGGAGGCCGCAUCCUUCCCGAUUCCCCACCUCACCGCUGCCCAAGCCCUCUAUAUCAAGCUCAACCUCCCUAAGCCCUUCACCAGUGGCACGCCCUUCAACGAGAAAGUCCUCAUCUGGGGCGGCUCCACCGCCGUUGGCCACCACGCCAUCCAGCUCGCCAAGCUGUCCGGCCUGACCACCUUCGUCACCGCCUCCCCCGCCGCCUGGGCCGAGCUGCAGGCGCUCGGCGCAGAUCACCUUUUCGACUACAGGGACCCAGACGUGGUGGGGAAGAUAAUUCAGGCCGCCGGCCCCGAGGGCAUCAUCUACGCAGUCGAUGCGGUCGCCGAGAAGUCGUCGACCGACGCGGCGGUGGACGCGAUGUCGGCGACGCGCGGGGGGACGAUCAUCACGACGCUGCCGGUGAGCGAGGCGACGCUGAAGCGCCGGGCGGACGUGCGGGUGGAGUUCACGCUGGUGUACACGGCCCUUGGGUACGAGCUGACGUUCGCGCACGCGGUGACGAUGCCGGAGAUGAAGGAGGAUGAGGCGCGCACGCUGGAGUGGGUGUCGGAGUAUGUGCCGAAGGUGCUGGAGGGGUGGAAGGCCGGGGAGGGCGCGCCGCGGUUCAAGGCUCAGCGUCUGCGCAAGCUGCAAGGCCCGCUUGAGGAUAUCUCGAAGGGCCUGAGGAUCAUGUCGGAGGGGAAUUACGGGCGCGAGAAGCUUGUGCAUACUAUCUUGUGA